AAUGUUCACCACCGUUGAUUGAUACCAAGUUACUAGAAUACCCUCGAAAAUUGAAAGGUGUAAUUUGCUUUUCAAGGGUAGAAUCGAAGUCAUCAGUUUGUAUGGAGAUGUAAACCCUAAUCUGUCGGAUGCUAUAAAAACCAACCUUUACCUUUCAGCUUAGACUCGGUCCCGUGAUCUAAAACUCUCUAAUAAUGUCUGAUAAAACUUUACCCGCAGACCCUUUCCACGGCAUUUUCGCCUGGGUUCGGAUUGGCAUCUUCUGGGAUGUAGACCAGUUCAAGAUUAAUGUUCAGAGCGAUGCUCAUUCCGCUGCGCAGAACAUCAGAAAAACCCUUUCUGCGGCUGGUCAUCUUGGCAAAGUUGAGAUCAUGGCUUAUGGCGUUGCUGAUGGUCAUGACUUUAAGGACGAAGCUAAGUUCACCUCCUUUCCCGCAGGAGCUGACACUGAGCGGCACACCAAGAUGCUCCAAGACAUUCUUGUCUGGUCAUCUAAGUCUCCCAAUCCAUCAAACCUCUUCCUUAUCAUGGGAGACUCCACAGUUGAUUUCAGCUCGGAUAUUGAAUCUCUGGUGAGCUCAAGACAUUACAAGAUUCACCGUGUCAAACCAUAAAGUGUCCUGAAGUCCCAGAACGAAUUUUGGAAAAAGAUUCUACUGCUUGUUUCCUUGUAUUAAUGCUCUUAUUGGAAAACUUGUCAGAUGCAAACUUCUCAUACAAUAUUAUCUAUGUUUUGUUAUCUAUUUUUUUUCCUGUAAA